UCGGGUCAAAUAAAAUAAAACUACUGUUUUAUUUGAUAUAUUUUAUUCGCGAAAAGUUAAUUAGUAGAUAACUGAUUACAUAUAUUGUGGACAUUAACAGUAAAUCAAAUUAAACGAUCUUAGGAUUAGUUUAGUACCAGCCCCAGUGUUACGGUGAAUAAAUCUACCCUGUUGAUAAAGAAAAAAAAAAAAAUCCUUAACUUCUGUGUGAGUGUCGUGUGUGUUGUUCCAAAUACUGCAACACAAAAUAUCAUGGCCAAGUGCGGUGGAUGUGGCCAAUUCAUUGCUGCAACAGCUAGCAUUCGGUGUGGCAAGUGCGCGGUCUGCUACCACCGCGCCUGUGUGGGAGUACCGCCUUCAGCAACCCCCUCGCCUGCAUGGCUGUGUCCUGGAUGCAAGGCGAAACUUCCCAAGACCGACAAUUCCGCGACACCGGUUAAAGGUGCAGCAGCGGAUUGUUCGGUCCCAAAUAGUCCCCCCACCGUCACCCCCUCCGUGAGUCUGGAUUUGGCGCAUGAGAUCAGAGCUUUCAGGGAGGAGUUAAGCGCUCUAAGAGUUGAUAUACGUGAGCUACGCCAGGAAAAUGCACAAUUUAGAGCUGCCAUAAACGGUUGCAAUGAGCGGCUGGACGCGGUGGUGCACAGGGUGGACAGCCUCGAGCAGCGGUUCGAGGCGAAGGACCCCUCAUCGUAUGACCAUCUGGAGGAGACGAUCGCUGACUUAAAGCUACAACUGAACGAGCGCGAUCAGGAACUUCUGUUGAAUGACGUCAUCGUGUCGGGUAUACCGGAGUCGAAGACCGAGAACCCGGCACACAUACUUAAAACACUGUCGCUGAAGCUGGGGGUCGACCUUGACGAUAGGGACAUAGUAAACGUCGAGCGCCUCGGCAUGGUACGUCGUAAUUUUAUCGCCGGUUCAUCCCAGCACGACAUAACGGAGCGUCCGCGGCCGCGCGCCAUCGCGGUGCGCCUUUCUCGCCGUACGGUGCGAGACAAACUACUUCAAGCGGCGCGCGUGCGCCGCGGCCUCACCACUACGGAUCUCGAUCUACACGGCCAGCCUCGGAGGGUGUUUGUAAAUGAGCACUUGACUCGCUCUAAUGCAAAGUUAUUUCAUCUAGCUCGAGAGGCUGGGCAGCGUUCAAAGUACAAGUACGUGUGGACAAGGGAGGGACGCAUCUACGUGCGGAAGGAGGACGGCGUCUCUGCUGUGCGCAUUCGCUCGCACGCAGAUAUCAUAAAAACUUUUGGGGACGGUUAUGUUUGAUGAGUGUGGGUGUUAAUAGAUAUUUCUGUUCGGUUUGUGUAUUUCACUUUGUUUUCAUUUUUUUGCUGUAUACCCUUUAUCUUGUUGA